ACAUUGACGCUGGCUUGAAAAGGAAAUGAGAGAAUCGGUCAACGAUAGAAGCAAUUAAUACGUUCACAUGGUCUUCAAGAAAUUAUUCUCGAUCGUUAAAUAAAAUUUAUUUGCCCAUAAAAUGAUAUGUAAAUUAUUAAAGAAUUUUUAAAAAUGCACGAUUAAUAAUCUUCAACAAAAGAACGUGAGAAAGAGAUAAUAAUCAUUAUCGAAUACGUAUAACGAUUGAAAUGUUUUCGAGAUAAAUUUAAUAGCGUAUAGAUAAUUGCGAGGCAUUUUAUAUAGUGAAUAUUUGUGAUAAUGGAUACGCUUGCUUUGUCAUGGAUUGCAAAGACAGAUCGUUGUUAGCAGUUCUCGACGAACAUUCGGUGCUGACAGGUGAUUUACGACUGGCAUGUUCUCUAUAUGAAGGAUAUAAACGUACGAGCCAGUUUAAGUUCCUCCACAAAACAUUAAGCUUUCUCCUCUUUUAUUUCCUUAGAAAUUCGAAAGAAUUGAUUUUUUUUUUCACCUUGAAUCUUGUCAAUCGUGCCCAAAGCAUUGCGUUCGAUAGUUGAAACUCAUAAGUUUCUUACGAACAAUAAUAUUCCUUCUUCUGAUUGGAAUCAUAUCUGUGUCAGAAAACAUUGGAUAGAGCUUUGUACAAUUUGUAAACUCCUAUAAAGCAAACUGGAAACAAACAAUAGUUUGCCUUUGAAAAAUUUAAUCUGUGUAAAUAUAAAGUAAUAUAUUACAUUAGUGGGAUGACACAUAGAUCACAGAUUGUUUAUUUUUAAGUAAUCAGUUAUACAACUUUCGAACGUACACAACAUGUAUACUUUAUUGUUGAUAGCUGUGUUGUCUUAUGUCUCCCAAACAUGUUUGGGUUUUACCGGUCGAGGACUCAUCUAUCCUGGACAGACCGAUUUCUUCGAGUUAUCUAUUAUACAUUUGAAUGAUUUCCAUGCGAGAUUUCAACAGACCAAUCCAACUUCUGGUACCUGUCAUGUGGGACAAGAAAAAGAUUGUGUCGGUGGAAUCUCUAGAGUAUAUACUGCUGUCAAUCGAUUAAAGAAAGAACGGCCAAAUGCUAUUUUUCUAAAUGCUGGCGACCAUUACCAAGGUACUUUAUGGUAUAACGUUCAUCGAUGGAAUGUGACGGCUACAUUUAUGAAUAUGUUACCUCAUGAUGCCAUGACGAUUGGGAAUCAUGAGUUCGACAAUAAAAUCGCUGGUCUUGUACCUUUUUUAAAGGCUGUCAAAGCACCGGUUGUGGUGACCAACAUCGACGAUAGAGAAGAGCCUACUAUUCAAGGUCUUUAUCAAAAUAGUACGAUCAUCGAGAGAGGAGGUAGAAAGAUCGGAGUAAUCGGGGUCAUUAUUUCAACUACGAAUACUAUAGCAGACACCGAAAAAUUGAGGUUUCUGGACGAAGUAGACUCUGUGAAUGAGGAAGCCGAGAAGCUUAAAGCUCAAGGAGUGGACAUCAUUAUUGCUUUAAGUCACUGUGGCUUGAAUAUAGAUAGAGUGAUGGCUGCCAAUUGUCCUCUUCUUGACGUCAUUGUUGGAGGACAUUCGCAUACUUUCUUAUAUUCUGGGCCACCGCCUUUCAUUGAUACGCCCGAGGAUGAAUAUCCUGUAAUAGUAACGCAAAAAAAUACAAACAGAACAGUGCUCAUUGUACAAGCAGCUGCUUUUACCAAAUAUCUCGGCAACUUAACAGUUUGGUUUGACGAUCAAGGAGAGGUUGUCGAUUGGGAAGGAAAUCCAAUUCUUUUGGAUUAUUCUAUCGAGGAAGAUCCAGACAUUUUGAAAGCUCUAAUUCCUUGGCAAAAGGAUGUCGAUGCACUCGCAUGGAAACACGUAGGCAAGACUAAAGUUUUCCUCGAUUCCAAAUGUAAAGGAAAACAAUGCAACUUGGGUAACUUUAUAACAGAUGCGAUGAUCGACGCGUUCGUAGAUCUGGCCGAGAAUGAAACUUAUUGGACUUAUGCAGCUAUAUCUUGCACCAAUACAGGUGGAAUUCGUGCCUCUAUCGAAGAUUUCGCUGUUAAUAUUACCUACGGUGAUUUACUGAUGGUUCAACCGUUUGAAAAUACCUGGGACACUGUCGAGAUAACUGGGAGCUCUAUUAAAUAUUUGUUAGAAAAAGAAAGAAUUAUGGUUUGGUCCGGGCUCAAAGUUAUUUAUAAUAUGACGAAAGAUGCACCUAGUAGAUUGGUCGACGUCAAAGUCAGAUGUCGUGCUUGCGAAAUACCAAGAUACGAGGACCUUUUAGAGGAUGAAUGGUACAGGAUCGUAGUUCCAUCUUUUAUAUAUAAGGGUGGAGAUGAUAUUCAAGUUUUUAACAAAUUCGGAAGAAACCAUAAGGUUGGUUCGUUGGAUAUAGAUCUAUUCGUAGAAUAUGUACAAAAGAUGAGUCCAAUUAUCGCUGGAACGGACAAUCGUGUUAAUUUUCUUUACGUUCAUAAUGAGGAAAAUGUACAUGUAUCGUGAAUAAUAAUAAUAAUAAGUUUAGGUUUUAUACUUUCUGUAAAUAAAAUAUUAUAAUAUAUAAAAUAUAUGGCAAAGAAAAUGUAGAAAAAAGAAACUUUCUC